CACUUAAAAAAAGGCUGCUUAACAUACUCAUGACUAUUUUUAAAUUCAAAUUUGCAUAUGUAAUUUUACUCGAAUUGUCGGGCCUAUAUCUCCCAUUAGCAAACAUUAGGUCAAACUCCACACAGCAGUUACAUCCCUUGGGCAUUCGCCAAUCAUUAAUGUCUUUUUCUAGAAUAAGGGAGGCCACUGCGUAUGAGAUUGACCAACCUCGGCGCAGUGAUUUACCGGGAACCAGCAUAGCAACGAACGACAACUCUGUAAUAAAAAUUGCCAAUUUUCGCGGUUAAACUUAAAAAGGAAAAGAAAGCCAAUGAGUCCAUGUCAACUGCUGACAGUGAAGAGCCAGGCAGUCUGACCCAUGAUAGGAGGGAGCCAAGUGAAGAGCCAGCCAGUCUGACCCAUGAUAGGAGGGAGCCAAGUGAAGAGCCAGCCAGUCUGACCCAUGAGUCCAUGUCAACUGCUGACAGUGAAGAGCCAGGCAGUCUGACCCAUGAUAGGAGGGAGCCAAGUGAAGAGCCAGCCAGUCUGACCCAUGAUAGAAGGGAGCCAAGUGAAGAGCCAGCCAGUCUGACCCAUGAGUCCAUGUCAACUGCUGACAGUGAAGAGCCAGGCAGUCUGACCCAUGAUAGGAGGGAGCCAAGUGAAGAGCCAGCCAGUCUGAGCCAUGAUAGGAGGAAGCCAAGUGAAGAGCCAGCCAGUCUGACCCAUGAGUCCAUGUCAACUGCUGACAGUGAAGAGCCAGGCAGUCUGACCCAUGAUAGGAGGGAGCCAAGUGAAGAGCCAGCCAGUCUGACCCAUGAUAGGAGGGAGCCAAGUGAAGAGCCAGCCAGUCUGACCCAUGAGUCCAUGUCAACUGCUGCCAGUGAAGGGCCAGCCAGUCUGACCCAUGAUGAAAUGAGGCAGCCAAAUCCUCAAGGGACAGGGACAAGAAAAGGAAUGAAACGAAAGUGGGCCAGCGAAGAGAACAUAUGUUUCAUGAACUUUUUUAGAGAUGAAUUAAGAGAAAAAAAAAUGCCAUCUGGCUCAAAAAUAAUGGGGUCCCUAAAAAUACUUACCGGAAGAACAGUGGCCCAGAUAAGGGCAAGGGUCCAUAACAUUAUUAUGGAAAAACAAAAAUGGAAAAAGAAUUGUUGAACUGUGGAAUAUGUUUAUGCCCCUGGUAGGGUGGCAUAUAGCAGUUGAACUGUCCGUCAGUCAGUCAGUCUGUCCAUCUGGCCGAAAACUUAUAUGGCCAUAACUUUUUCAAUAUUGAACAUAGCAACUUGAUAUUUAUACCCCUAUUACAAUUGGUAAUGGGGGCUAUAUAGGAGUCACGUUUGUCGGUCUGUCCCGAUAUUUCAUCCGAUAUUCACCAAACUUGGUCAGUAGUUGUAUGUAGAUAAUGUCUAGAUCAAGUUUGAGUAUGGGUCAUGCCAGGUCAAAAACUAGGUCAUGGGGUCACUUAGUAUGUUUUAAACUGUAAGUUUGUACGGACCAUAGCUAUAUUAUUUAUCGUUACAUUUUUAAAUGACUCGGUACAUUUGUUCACCAUCAUGGAACGGUGUGUCGCGUUAAAAGAAAUUACGUCAAUAUCUCAAAGGUCAAGGUCACACUUGGGAGUUCAAAGGUCAAAUGCUUGUCCGGGCCAUAGCUUUGUUUUUUAUUGUGAGAUUUUAAAAUCAUUUGGCACAUUUGUUCACCAUCAUUGAACAGUGUGUCGGGCGAAAGAAUUACGUCGAUAUUUCCAAGAACAAGGGCACAAUUUGAGUUUAAAGGUAAAAAAUGGCCAUAAUUGAGCUUGUCUGGGCAAUAACUAUGUUGUUUAUUGUGCGAUUUUAAAAUCGUUGGCUCUUUUGUUCACCAUCAUUUGACAGUGUGUCGCGCGAAAGAAUUACGUCGAUAUCUUCAAACUCAAAGUUGUAGUUUUAGUUCAAAGGUCAAAAAUGGCAAUAAAUUAUCUUGUCUGGGCCAUAAAUAUGUCAUUCAUUGUAAGAUUUUAAAAUAACUCUGUACAUCAAUUUUGUUCAAAGUCAUUGGAAGGCUUGUCAUGUGAAACAAUUCAAGAGUUCAAAGGUCAAAAUGGCUAUAAAUGAUAAUGGCAUAAUGAUUCUUAAAAAAUCGCCAUAAAUUGUAUUAUCUUGUUUUGUGAAGACAGCAUACAAAAUAGUCUGUGUCAAUGCGUUAUGUGGGGGUAUAUGUCACGUCUGUGACAAAGCUCCAGUUGGCAUGCAUGUGCAUCUUGUGAAGCUGCACAUAUUGAGUGGUGAAAAGUGAAGGUCAAGGUAAUCCUUCAAGGUUAAAUGUUAAAUAUAUUGCUUCUGUCCGUCCGUCUGAAAACUUUAAAAUUGGCCAUAACUUUUGAGCUCACCUGAGUGCAACAUGCUCAUGGUGAGCUUUUGUGAUUGCCUUUUGUCCGUUGUGCGUUGUAUGUCGUCAACAUUUUGCCUUGUGAACACUCUAGAUGCCACAUUUAUUGUCUGAUCUUCAUGAAAUUUUGCAGAACAUUUGUCACAUUGAUACCUCGACUGAGUUCGAAACUGGGUCAUGCUGGGUCAAAAAUUAGGUCACUAGGUCAAAAAAACAACAAAAAAACUUGUGAACACUGUAGAAGUCCAAUCUUCAUGUAACUUUGUCAAAAUGUUUGUCUAAAUGAUAUUUUGGUUUAGUUAAAAAUUGGUUCCGGUCCGUUGAAAAACAUGGCCGCCAGGGCGGGGCAGUUUUCCUUAUAUGGCUAUAGAGAAACCUUGUGAACACUUUAGAAGUCAAAAUGUUUGCCUAAUCAUCAUGAAACUUGGUCAAAACAUUGGUUUUAUUUAUAUUUUGGACGAGUUUGAAAAUGGUCCAGAUCAGUGAAAAAACAUGGCCGCCAAGGGGCGGGGGAGUUUUCCUUAUGUCUUUAGUUAAACAUUGCUAACACUCUAGAGGCCACAUUUAUUGUCCAUUCUUCAUGAAAUUUGGUCCGAAGUUUGGUCUCAAUGAUAUCUUAGACGAGCUGAAAAUGGUUACGUUUGCUUGAAAAACAUGGCUGCCAAAGGGCGGGGCAUUUUUCCUUAUAUGGCUAUAUAUGGCUAUAGUAAAAUCUUGUUAACACUCUUGAGGCCACAUUUAUUUUCCGAUCUUCAUGAAACUUGGUCAGAAUAUUCAUACCAAAAAAUAUCGUAGACAAGUUAAAAAAUGAUGCUGGUUGGUUGAAAAACAUGUCCGCCAGGGGGUGGGGCAUUUUACCUUAUAUGGCUAUAGUAAAACUUUGUUAACACUCUAUAGGCCACAUUUAUUUUCUUAUCUUCAUGAAACUUGGUCAGAAGAUUUGUCCUAAUGAUAUCUUGGAUUAGUUCAAAAAUAGUUUCGUUUGCUUAAAAAACAUGGCCACCAGGGGGCGGGGCAUUUUUCCUAAUAUGGUUAUGUAUCAUGCUUUACUAAAACAUUGUAAACACUCUGUAGGGCACAUUUAUUUUCCGAUUAUUAUGAAACUUGGUCAGAUGAUUUGUCCUAAUGAUAUCUUGGAUGAGUUCAAAAAUGGUUCUAGUUGGUGGAAAAACAUGGCCACUAAGGGGGCGUGGCAUUUUUCCUUAUAUGGCUAAAGUAAAACCCUGUUAAAACUCUAGAAGCCAUAUUUAUUGUACGAUCAUCAUGACACUUUGUCAGAAGAUUUGUCCCAAUGAUAUUUGGACAAGUUUGAAAUUGGUUCCAGUUGCUAAGAAAAACAUGGCCACCAGUGGGCGGGGCAUUUUUCCUUAUAUGGACUUAUGAAUCUUCUUGAAACUUUGUCAGUAUAUUAGUUUAAAUGAUAUCUUGGAUGUGUUUUCACGUUGACAUUUGAAGCUUUAACUUUGUAUGAUUCUAAAUAUGUGUCAAUGCUGUCAGUUGAAUUUUGAAAUAUGAAGUUUUACAUUUUUUGUAGAUUAAAUAAUUUGUAAAAUGUUGCAGUUUCGUCAAUCAGUUUUAUAAGAUAUUGAGCUUUAAAUAUGAUGCAGAUUGUAAGAUUCUUAAUAUCUUUCAAUAUUGUGGAUAAGUUUUUGAGAUAUCAAGCUUUGAGUUUUAUGCAAAUUGUAUGAUUUUAAAAUGUUUUAAUGGUGUUGAUCAGUGUAAUGAAGAUUGCAUAAUUUUUAUGUUUUAAUUCUGUCUAUUGGUUUUCAAAAUGAAAGACUUUGAUUUUGUAAGUGCACUUUUAUCUCCUGAAAGAUUCUUUUCUAGUGUUUAGUUUAUAUUUUAAGGCUGUUUGCAAACUCGAAGUGAAAACAGUUCUAUUACAAUUUGGUAAGGACAUGACAUUGCAUAUCUGAUUUUAAAAUGUACUUUGCUGGCAACGUGUAAUUUUCUGAAAUGUCUUAGUAAGACUGUUGUUUGCAAUCAAAAGGUCUGUGCUUCAAAUACAGGGUAAUGCAUGUUUUUUGUCCAAAUUUAUGGCGAUUCAGACAUUGUUCUAUGUAAAUUUGGGGUUUGCUUGAAGGUUCAGUCUAUUUUUAUGUCCCUCACUAUAGUAGUGGGGGACAUAUUGUUUUUGUCCUGUCUGUUGGUUGGUUGGUUGAUCUGUUUACGCCAACUUUAACAUUUGCAAUAACUUUUGCAAUAUUGAAGAUAGCAACUUGAUAUUUGGCAUGCAUAUGUAUCUCAUAGAGCUGCACAUUUUAAUUUUCUGAAAGGUCAAGGUCAGAGGUCAAAUAUAUGUGGCCAAAAUCUCUCAUUUUAUGAAUACUUUUGCAAUAUUGAAGAUAGCAACUUCAUAUUUGGCAAGCAUGUGUAUCUCAUGGAGCUGCACAUUUUGAGUGGUGAAAGGUCAAGGUCAUAAUUCAAUGUCAUAGGUCGAAUAUAUGGCUUCAAAGCGGCGCAGUAAGGGGGAUUGUGUUUUACGAACACAGCUCUUGUUGUUAACUGCCUUUUUAGUCCCUUACCAGUGUUUCACUAAAGUCCGUGUACUUUGGACUCAUUUCAAGUUGACAUUUGAAGCUUGAACUUUGUAUGAUUCUAAAUAUGUGUCAAUGCUGUCGGUUGAAUUUUGAAAUAUGAAGUUUUUCAUUUUUUGUAGAUUAAAUAAUUUGUAAAAUGUUGCAGUUUUGUCAAUCAGUUUUAUAAGAUAUUGAGCUUUAGUUAUGAUGCAGAUUGUAAGAUUCUUAAUAUCUUUCAAUAUUGUGGAUAAGUUUUUGAGAUAUCAAGCUUUGAAUUUUAUGCAAAUUGUAUGAUUUAAAAUGUUUUAAUUUGUUGAUCAGUGUACUGAAGAUUGUAUACUUUUUAUAUGUUAUAAUUCUGUCUAUUGGUUUUCAAAAUGAAAGACUUUGAUUUUGUAAGUGCACUUUUAUCUCAUUAUGCCCCCCUUCGAAGAAGAGGGGGUAUAUUGCUUUGCUCAUGUCGGUCGGUCUGUCGGUAUGUCAGUUUGUCGGUCCGUCCACCAGGUGGUUGUCAGACGAUAACUCAAGAACGCUUGGGCCUAGGAUCAUAAAACUCCAUAGGUACAUUGAUCAUGACUCGCAGAUGACCCCUAUAGAUUUUGAGGUCACUAGGUCAAAGGUCAAGGUCACGGUGACCCAAAAUAGUAAAAUGGUUUCCGGAUGAUAACUCAAAAAUUCAUACGCCUAGGAUCAUGAAACUUCAUGGCUAGAUUGAUCAUGACUUGCAGAUGACCCCUAUUGAUUUUUAGGUCACUAGGUCAAAGGUCAAGGUCACGGUGACCCGAAAUAGUAAAAUGGUUUUCAGAUGAUAACUCAAGAACGCAUAUGCCUAGGAUCAUGAAACUUCACAGGUAGAUUGAUCAUGACUCACAGAUGACCCUUAUUGAUUUUGAGGUCACAAGGUCAAGGUCACGGUGACCCGAAAUAGUAAAAUGAUUUUCGGAUGAUAACUCAAGAACGCUUUUGCCUAGGAUCAUGACACUUCAUAGGUACAUUGAUCGUGACUCACAGAUGACCCCUAUUGAUUUUCAGGUCACUAGGUCAAAGGUCAAGGUCACAGUGACAAAAAACGUAUUCACACAAUGGCUGCCACUACAACGGACAGCCCAUAUGGGGGGCAUGCUUGUUUUACAAACAGCCCUUGUUAAAGAUUCUUUUCUAGUGUUUAGUUUAUAUUUUAAGGCUGUUUGCAAACUCGAAGUGAAAACAGCUCUAGUACAAUUUGGUAAGGACAUGACAUUGCAUAUCUGAUUUAAAAAUGUACUUUGCUGGCAACGUGUAAUUUUCAGAAAUGUCUUAGUAAGUAAGACUGUUGUUUGCAAUCAAAAGGUCUGUGCUUCAAAUCCAGGAAAAUGCAUGUUUUUUGUCCAAAUUUAUGUCAAUUCAGACAUUGUUCUGUGUAAAUAUGGGGUUUGCUUGUAGGAUCAGUCUAUUUUUAUGUCCCCCACUAUAGUAGUGGGGUUUAUAGUAGUGGGGGACAUGUUGUUUUUGCUCUGUCGGUCUGUUGAUUGGUUGGUUGGUCUGUUUAUGCCAACUUUAACAUUUUGCAAUAUUGAAAGUAGCAACUUGAUAUUUGGCAUGCAAAUGCAUCUCCUGAAGCUGCACAUUAUUAUUGGUGAAAGGUCAAGGUCAUCCUUCAAGGUCAGAGGUCAAAUAUAUGUGGCCAAAAUCGCUCAUUUUAUGAAUUCUUUUCUAUAUUGAAGAUAGCAACUUGAUAUUUGCCAAGCAUGUGUAUCUCAUUGAGCUGCACAUUUUGAGUGGUGAAAGGUCAAGGUCAUCCUUCAAGGUCAGAGGUCAAAUAUAUGUGGCCCAAAUCGCUUAUUUUAUUAAUACUUUUGCAAUAUUGAAGAUAGCAACUUGAAAUUUGGCAUGCAUGUGUAUCUCAUGGAGCUGCAAAUUUUGAGUGUUGAAAGGUCAAAGUCAUCCUUCAAGGUCAGAGGUUAAAUAUAUGUGGCCCAAAUCGCUUAUUUUAUGAAUACGUUUGCACUAUUGAAGAUAGCAACUUGAUAUUUGGCAUGCAUAUGUAUCUCAUAGAGCUGCACAUUUUGAGUGGUGAAAGGUCAAGGUCAUCCUUCAAGGUCAAAUAUAUGGGUCAAAAUUGCUCAUGUUAUGUUACUUCUGCAAUAUUGAAGCUAGCAAUUUUAUAUUUGACAUGCAUGUGUAUCUCAUGGAGCUGCACAUUUUGAGUGGUGAAGGGUCAAGGUCAUCCUUCAAGGUCAAACGUUAUAUACGGGGACAUUGGGUUUCACAAACGCAUCUUGUUGUGUAUGUAAUUAAUUUUGCUUAAUUUUUGUGAUCCCCCGCCAACAGCGGAGGGAUAUUAAUUUGGCAUUGUCCGUCUUUCCGUCUGUCCGUCCGGCACUUUUGUGUCCAGAACCAUAUCUUGGAAGUGCUUUAGCAGAUUUCAUUGAAACUUGGUACGAGUAUAUAUAUAUGGAUAAGAGGAUGAUGCACGCCAAAUGGCAUUGUACAUCCUUGAUUAAUAGCGGAGUUAUGACCCUUUGUAUUUGAAAAAAAUGCUUUUUUUGUGUGUCCAGAGCCAUAACUUGUAUCCAGAAGUAUAAUGGCGGGGGAUAUCAAUUCAACGAAUUUGCUUGUUAAAUCAGUUUUUAUUUUCAUGAUAAUCAUUUAGUUCGUACUGCAACUUAUGAUGGAUUGUUACUACUAUCUCCAAUUAUUUGUUUGUCAUGGGUCCGUCACCAUUUAUCUCUUAUAUAAUACUUGAAUUGAGCAUUUCACAAUCUGACAAUCAUGCAUAUCAUUUAUUAGUUUCAUAAUAAAACGUCUGACAAGGGUCAGAUAAUUUUAA